CGCGUGCAGAAGUUGGCAGACAUAGCUUUCAGUUGUCUUCUGUUUAUGUUGUGGUUUCUUGAAGUAUUUUGAUAUUUGGUUAUAAAAAUGAAAAAUGAAUGACAUGAAAGGGUUGCUCCCUCUUUCCUGAGUUGCGUCAAAUAGUAUGUUACAUGAUAGCAUAUUUUCUGCCAGCUGUAUCUUGCAUUUUAUGACUUUAGAAAUGAAGAAGCUACGAGGACAAUUUAGGAGUACGAUUUGGGAUCCCAUCUUAAUCAUCUCCCAAAUUCUGGCUAUGCAAUCAAUUUUUUACAGUUGCUUAGGUUUAUGGUUGUCUAUGGUGAACGUUUUAACUGGAUCAAAUUCUUCAUUAGAUCUUCUUUUUAAAUAUGAGGAAAUACACAUACACAACUUUGGUGGAAGAGCCGUUAUAGCAGCUUUUGUUUUAAACAGUCUUACUGGGGCUAUUGCCUUGUGGUUCAUUGUUGGACGUACGAAGCAAUGUCUUGACUUUGCUACAACAACACAUUUAUUACAUCUACUUAUCUGCUGGGUCUAUAAUAGCCUUUUCCCAUCUACUCUUUCUUGGUGGCUUUUAAAUGCAGCCUGUGUUACAAUAAUGUGUGUGUAUGGAGAGUAUCUUUGUUUAAAGACUGAACUUCAAGCAAUACCUUUAAGUGUGGGUCCGAAAGCAGACUUAUAGUAGGUCUUAACCUAUUGUUCUAGUCUGAUAUAUUGAGGUCGUGGUACAAUUUUUAAAAAUUUAUUUUUACGAUACUAUCAAUGUUUGAAGUUCCUUACUUGAAGGUUGGUAAACCACUCAGUGGCUCAACUUAUAUUGCACUACGUUAUAUGGUCUUGCCAACUUAAAAUCUUAUCAUUUCAAUCAAUUUGAACUAAAUUUUGUAGCAGCAGAUGUGAGAGCAAAUCUAAUACCUGAUGUACCUAAUAGAUUAUUAAUAAUUAUGUCUAAAUCAUAGGAAAGCUGAGUAUUUCAUUCCAAAUCUCUGAAACUUGUAAUUAAUGUUUUGCUAGAAUUUUAGGAAAGAAUUACCUAAGCUGUCAUUGACUUAUUGACAACAGAAACAGCAAAGUUGAUAAGAGGUACAUGUAUUUUUAAAAUUUGCUAUAGUAAUUAGAAUUAGCCCAACAAUGUUGGUUUGCUGUCCUGUCCCUGUCCAUGUGGCUUGACAUGCAGUUCUCUCAGGGUCAUAUUAAUACGCUUUUAAUGUAAAAGAUUCCUGCUCUAUUAGUGUGUGUGGCUUCUGAUUUGAAAUUUCUGACUUGAUCACUAUUCUGUCUCUGCUCAGGUUUCAUAUUUUUGAUUAAAUAUUGUAUUACUACACACCACUACUAGACUAGACCACUGAUCAAUCACUUCAAAAUUGCUUAUUUAUAAAUCAAUUUGAAAAAAUAAACAUCAAUCUAGCAUGGUGUCCAUUCUAAUCCUCA